UAAACGACAUAAAUAUUUCCUGUCUUAUCUUACCACAGACAAGAACCUAGAAAACUGCACAGGACAUGUUUUAAUAGAAAUCGACAUCUGAAUGAUCAUGCACUCUUUCGCUAAAUAUUGGAACUGAAAGUUUGAAAUUGUAAGAUCUCUGGAGCACAGUUUCGUUAUUGAAGAGAGAUGGAAAGUUUGUCUCUUCGGAGCAGAUGACAGUGGACACAUUACUUCCUGAUGGCGCCGUACAGGGAUCAUAUUUGGUGAGUUUUACAGAAAUCGGUAGCGUUUAUAUCCUAAAUGCAAUCGCCUGAUUUGGACCCAAGAACGAGUUUUGCACUACGCCUGACUGGAAGACACGUAACGGGAAGUUUUGAGUCCAGUUUCAGGUUUUUAAGGGAAGACGAUGCAGAUGUUCCGCUGAGGAUCCGCAGCGUUUUCAGGAAUCCAGAACCGGAGAACAAAGAGAAAUGGCUCAAGAUGUCCUACGAGACAGAGAAAACGUACCUGCUAGCUCCGCAGGAGUGCCGUACAUCAUGUGGUUUCCACACAGCUGAUGAGAAAUAUGAAAUCCCAGGAAUGGGAGAGGACAGUGUUUUAGAGAUGCUGAGCUACUCCAAAUUCUCUGAUCUGGAGACGUGGCUGUGUAUGCCCUCUACACUGCUACCCAGGAGCCGGGACUCAGUUUGUUCCAUGUCGCCACCAUCCCAUGAGAGUGACACCGGAGACACAGACAAAGAAUCCAGGCCUCUAGAGAAGGAGUCCAUCCAUCUGAGCCAGUGCCAGGAGAGGAGAACCCAUCUAUUGCCACCCUCCCCACUCCUGCCAGUUUCAGCCUCCCCUCAGUCAAUAGCACCCCUGCGGACCACCUCAACUCCUCUGCCCAAGCCCACCAGAGACUCCUGUCAAGGUGGCGUGAGUGUGCGGAAAAGGCGCCGCCUGGCAGCCAGCCCUGGAGGACUGCACUGGGACGCAUCAGGGUCAGUGCUGCGUGACCAUGACCAAGGGGAGACGUUGACACUAUCGGAAGUGAAGUGCUUCCCUCAGAGUGUGGAUUCAGAGAGCCCCGUCCCAGAGCUGUGGAGGCAAAGAGCGGCUCUUAGGAAAACCAUAUCUGUUGAUGAUAGCUUUCUGCAGCAGACACCACGAGAACAUCACAGACUCCUCAGCCGACUGGAAAGGGGCAAGAAGAAACUCCAAAACAUCCAUAGUCUGGGAGCCACUGGCAGAUAUGAAACCCAUAAAAAAUCUGAGAGCAAGAUCUCACGAUUGACUCAGAGACUCAACCAGAGACAGAACGAUGCUGCACUGAUUAAGGAUUUCAGACCCCUCUUCUUCAUCACUGGCUCACCAGGCAGCUCCCAGAGCCUGGACAGGAACUUCUCCGUUAGUAUGACGCAACAGAUGCAGAACUUGCAGCUGACCCAGAGUAAAAAGGGGGCGGGGCCUGCCUCCCCCAGCGCUGCUAAGCGUCUCUACCGCAACCUCUCUGAGAAGUUCAAAGGAAGCCACUCCUCCUUCGAGGAUGCCUACUUUUUCGGUCGAUCCGAUCGUAUUCGCAAAGUAUCUAACAUUCAGAGCAGUGAGGCUCUUUUUGAGGCUGUUCAACAGCAGGACCUAGAUGCUGUGCAGAUCCUUCUUUUUCAGUACACAGCCGAUGAACUGGACCUCAACACACCCAACAGUGAAGGCCUGACGCCACUGGACAUCUCCAUUAUGACCAACAACGUCCCCAUAGCCAAGAUGCUGCUCAAAGCCGGGGGGAAGGAGAGUCCUCACUUUGUCUGUCUUGAGAGCAGAGAUGCUCAUCUCUCAGCACUGGUGCAGGAAGCCCAAAGGAGAGCCAGUGAGCUGUCUACUCAGGUGAUGAGAGAGAGUCUCAGCUUGGAAACAUCUGACAAGGAAAAACAGCUCAAAGCCUGGGAGUGGAGAUGCAAGCUCUACAAGCGCAUGCGCACCGGCUUUGAGCAUGCACGGCCACCAGAGGCUCCUUCUGCCGUGCGUCUGAGUGUGACUGGUAGCACAUCUCUCACUGUUACCUUUCAUGAACCUUCCAGUAUGAACUCAGCUGUGGUGACCAAAUACAAAGUGGAAUGGAGCUGUCUGAAGGACUUCUCUUUAUUAGCCGGAGAGAUGGUCCUUGAGAAUCUGCAGUCCCUCAAGUGCACAAUAACAGGUCUCACAAUGGGAAGACAGUACUAUGUUCAAGUGUCCGCCUACAAUAUGAAGGGCUGGGGUCCACCACAACUUUCUCAACCCCCUUCUGCUGUUCCCUCCAACUGGAAGGACAGUGAUGGCAGAGAGAGCAGAAGGAGAGGUCAGAUCGAGGCCAUGGAGAGGCUCUUACAGCAGGUUCGAGCCACCCAUCAGCACUACUGCUGCGGAGAUUCAUCAAAGCUACAGAAUCCCAGUCGAAAACAGUCAGUGUCCCGAAGCCUAAAACAUCUUUUUCACUCCUCUACUAAAUUUGUCAAGAGUCUCAGAAGAGGAGUUUAUAUAGCUUCAGUAUUUUACCAUAAGGACAGUCUGCUAGUGACUAAUGAGGAUCAGAUCCCCAUCGUGAAGGUGGACGACUCGUACAGCAGCUCCCUCAUGCAGGACUUUCUGUGGUUUACUAAGCUGUCUUGUAUGUGGGAGGACGUCCGGUGGCUCAGACAAAGCCUGGCAGUCUCCACCUCAUCCUCUUCCACACUGCAGUCCAGACAGAAGAUGCUGGCAGCCGCUGGCCAACUGCAGAACCUACUGGGCACUCACAACUUGGGCCGAGUCCACUAUGAGCCCAUUAAGGAUCGCCAUGGCAACGUGCUGCUGGUUACGGUGAGGGAGAUGGACAGCCUCUACUCUAUUUUCAAUGGGAAGUGGAUGCAGGUAUCCAAACUGCAGAGUCAGAGGAAGUCUCUUUCCACCCCUGAGGAACCCUAUGCCCUGGACAUUCUUGUAAUCACCAUACAGGACAUUCUGGCUUACCAGAGACGCAGUCAGCACCGAUUGUCUUCUGGGCUUUAUCUGGGUUACCUGAAGCUCAGCAGCUCUGUGGAUCAGAUCAAGGUUCUGGUUCCUCAACGGAUGCCUAACAUGCUCUGCCACACCAAGAUACGAGACAACUGGAAUGUGUCAAGGGAUGAGUGGGAAUGGCUGCAGUCACUGUCUGGCCCUGUGGAGGUGGAAAGAGCAGAACAGGAAGCAGACUGCCUCCUCUACUCAGAGAUUCAGACGGCCAUUAAGAGUCUACUGAACCAGAUCAAUCUACCUCUCCACCAGGCCACGCACUUCCGUCUCUACACACACGAGGUGCUGGAGCUGGGUCACAAUGUGUCCUUUCUUCUGCUGCUGCCUGCCUCAGACAAUGUUUGCUCUGCCCCGGGACAGAUCAACCCCUACACACCACACUCGGGGUUCCUCAACCUCCCUCUUCAAAUGUUUGAGCUCGUUCACUUCUGUUCAUAUAAGGAAAAAUUUAUCAGUCUGUAUUGCCGGCUAUCCUCAGUGCUGGACCUGGACUCCCUGAUUACCCAACAGGCUUUUAGAGAAUCUAUCACUGACUCUGAGGUGGCCACGGCCAAACAGAGACAACAGCACAUAUUGGACUACAUCCAGCAAUUGGACGAGAUGUGGCGAGACGUCCGUUGGAUCACCAAUGCACUGCAGUACGCCCGCUAUAAACAACCUCUCGGUUGGGUGCCUAUCACCUGGCUUGUAGAUGUCAGCACGGAGCCUCCUGUCCAGAAGAAUGACUCCACAUCCUCUAACACAGACUAUGUGCCUACUCCCUCUCCCUCUCCAGAAUUAAGAAGAAGAAAGUGCACAAUUGAGUCCCAGCCAGGUUCUGAUGAAGAGGGCUGCUCGGAAGUCUUCCUCCCCACAGACAGUGACUAUGACUCCAGUGAUGCUCUGAGCCCUCGUGACCUGGACUUGAUUUACUCCUCAGCCCAGGAUCUCUCCCAUCAGACCGCACAUGUCUUCAGCGGUAGCGCCCCAGAUGUUCUCCAGAUGCAAGACCUUAAGUACAGAGCUUUCUCCAAGUCAAUGCUGGAGACCGAAUCAUGCACAAAGGAUAUGGAGGAUCUGUCAUUGUCCUCAUAUUCUGUGAAGGACACAGAGAAACCUCAGAAGAAGUUCCUGGCCGAUCCACCAACAAAGCGCAAGCUGCUCUCCAAAAGCCAUCCCCAGAGGAGUUAUUUUGGUGGGCCACAUCACUGGUCACGUGUACAGAGCGAGAGCCACUCACCCUCACUGUCUGAGGGCAUCUACACGAGACAGAGUGAUAUUGACCUCCCGUUGGAGACUCCACUCUCCCUACCACAUUCUCCCACUACCUCCUACAGUUUGGAUGAUUACAGGCCAUCUUACAGGGAGAGUAAGCCCAACGUCCACAGGAUCUUUGUGGAGUCUUGCAGCAAGACUUCACCCAGCCGAGAUGUUCCACACUGGGCGGAGGAGGAGGAGAAAGGGAUGAGUGGAGCUGCCGCUGCAGAGGCCAGGUCGGGCUACAGCACCACAGCAGAAACUCAGGAUGUAGACUCGGACGAAACUAACAAAUGAACAAAUCUCAGAGGUCCUUAGCAGCACUCUUUAGAAUGAUCUGAGUGUUCCAUUAUGAAGAUGUGUGGUUUUGUUACCACCUAAAUUGCCUCAAACUAUACCCCUCCUCUCAAUCUGCACACAUCAUACUGUAAUAACUUAGCCUAAUCAAUUCUUGCAUCCUCUCUGCAGACAGUGGAAGAGGAUAAAGUUGCUGGUCAACUCUGUGGGACUCAUAAAUCAUGGCUCUGACUGUUAAAAUGUCGAUUAUCAAUGCAACGUGAAACAAAGCACUGCUUUUCCUCAGAACUUGAAAUUGCCUCAGCCAAUAGAGCGCAACAGUGACAAAACCAUUUUCCCUUUCAUUUUCUCCAAUGGCAUUUAAAAAAAAAAAGAAAAGAAUCAGUACAGAGUUCUAAGGGGGCAUUCACACCAAAUACAUAUUUUUAUCCGUCUAUGCUAUUUUUUUUAUUGUUUUCUAUGUAAACACACACUAGACGGAUGCCUUUGACCGUUGCGCUGUGUCUUGCUGUUUUUUUCCCGCAAGACACUGUGUCAAUUUAAAACAACUUCUAGGUUAAGGUCACGUCCACAAUAAUACGUUUAAGUUUAAAAACUUUCCGUUUCCUAGUGGCAUCAUUUUCCAAAGUAUGUGGUUAUGGAUAUAAGAGUCUUUUGGUUGAGGAAAACAACAUUCUUAUUUGGAUGAGUGGCGUAAAUUCAGCUAAAUCAAUGCAUUUUCAAACUAAAUUGUAUUAGUGCGGAAGUGGCAUUUAAAAUGCCCAGAGACACCUGCAUUCUGUUCCAUUUGAUGCACUUUAUCUAACUGUUAUUAACAUAAAAAUAUGUAUGGUCUGAACUGCCCCCUAAGCCAUGAACCAAACUUCAGUAACUAGUUCCAAGAUGAAUCACAUUUGAUUUGAAGCAAAAAAUUAUUUGAAUGAACUUCUCAUCCCACAAAGCAUUGCAAAUGACACAAUUGAAUCAUAAUCAUUAAGUGUAAAAUGUAAUUUAUAAAAAAAAGUAUUGAAGAACAUUCAAAUAAAUACUACUGUGCAAAAGUUUUAGCCAUUUUAGACAAACUUUUAAAUAGUGAGGCUAUUAUGCAUGCCAAGAAUAAUUUGUAUUUAACAAUGAACUUUAGGCAAAGUGCAGUAAGCAUAAAAAACAAAAUCAGUAUUUGAUGCGACCUCCCUAUGCCUGUUAAACAGCACCUAUCUUUCCUACACAUUUUUUGUUUUCUUAUUUUUUUACAAAAUUGUUGGCAGAUGUGUAGCUCCAAGCAUCUUGGAGAACUUGCCACAAUUCUUUGGAUUCAGUCUGUCUCAAUUGCUUCUGUCUCUUCAUGUAACCCCAGACUGACUCAAUGAUAUUGAGAUCCGGGCUCUGUAGGGGCCAUGCCAUCUGUUGUAGGGCUCCUUGUUCUACUUCUAAUCUAUUUUCAAAAGGAAUGUUUGAAAAUCUUAAAUUGACAUUUCCUAUUGACACACUAAUGCAGAAGAUAUAAAAUAACCAUAACUACAUUUCACA